CUGCACUCAGGGAAUGGAAGACUAAAAAGGUGUUACUAAGGUCGAGGGAGGGAGCUGACUCAGGAUGCAAACUAAAAGAUGAACAACUUCUAGCUAGAAGCUGGAUCUAUUCCCUGAAGGCGGAACAGAGUCAUUUGGACACUGCAAGGAGUUGUUGCCUGCUUGUUAUAGAAUGGGGAAUGCUAAUGAAAAACAAAAACCUUUGAAACAAAACAAUUUGUACCUCUGGAAGCAAGAUUCCCAGCGCUCUCAUCUCUCUUCGUUCACUAUGAAGCUGAUGGACAAAUUUCAUUCUCCCAAAAUAAAGAGGACACCAUCAAAGAAAGGAAAACCAGCCGACCUCACUGUGAAAACCCCAGAAAAGCCAGUCAACAAAGAGGCAACAGACAGUUUUCUACCAGAGGGCUAUGCUACUCCCUUGGAUCUGGAGCACCAAGCUGUAGAAUUUAAAUCCAUCAGUGCUGUGAUUUCCAGGUCUCAGAGGCAGAAGAAUCUAAGCUGGCUGGAAGAGAAGGAGAAGGAAGUCGUCAGUGCAUUGCGCUACUUUAAGACAAUUGUGGACAAAAUGGCAAUUGACAAGAAGGUGUUGGAGAUGCUUCCUGGCUCUGCCAGCAAGGUGCUAGAGGCUAUUCUACCCCUAGUGCAGUCUGACCCUCGGAUUCAACAAAGCUCUGCAAUCUCUUCCUGCUACAGCCGUGUAUACCAGAGUCUGGCCAAUCUGAUUCGCUGGUCUGAUCAAGUGAUGUUAGAAGGUGUGAACUUAGAAGAUAAAGAGAUGGUGACAACUGUCACAGGCGUCAUAAAGGCUGUGCUUGAUGGAGUGAAGGAGCUGGUCAGACUUACUAUAGAAAAACAGGAGCAUCCAUCCCCCACAAGCCCAGCUAAACUCAAUUCACCAGCCUGCAAGUCUGACGGCCCCUCUGAGCUUCCACUGACGGAUCGAGAAAUGGAGAUUUUGAACAAGACAACUGGUAUGACGCAGUCUACCGAGCAACUCCCUGAUUCCAUGGAUGAAGAAGUUGCUCCUCCCAAGCCCCCUUUACCUGGUAUUCGAGUGGUGGAUAAUAGUCCUCCUCCAGCACUACCACCCAAAAAGCGCCAAUCAGCACCUUCCCCUACGAGAGUGGCAGUGGUGGCACCCAUGAGUCGAGCCACCAGUGGCUCUAGUUUACCUAUUGGAAUUAAUAGACAGGAUUUUGAUGUUGACUGUUACGCACAGAGGAGGUUGUCAGGAGGCAGCCACUCGUAUGGUGGGGAAUCCCCCCGCCUCUCCCCCUGCAACAGCAUGGGCAAGCUCAGCAAAUCCGAUGAGCAGCUGUCCUCCUUGGACCGGGACAGUGGGCAGUGCUCCCGAAAUACAAGCUGUGAAACACUAGAUCACUACGAUCCAGAUUAUGAAUUCCUGCAGGAAGACCUCUCCAAUGCUGACCAGAUACCUCAACAGGUGCCCUGUAACCUUAGCCCAUUGCCAGAAUCCUUGGGUGAAUCUGUUGCUCCAUUUUCCGGGAGUCCUUUCAGGCUCUCCCAGAGCAGUUCCCCACAGGCGGAGCACUGCAGUCCUCUACCCUCAACACCGUCUUUGGAGACGCCACCGGCUCUUCCGGAGAAGAAACGGAGGAGCGCCGCCUCUCAGCCCUCGGACAGUUCCAGCAGUAGGGUCUCCUAUGAGAGGCACCCUUCCCAAUAUGACAACAUUUCCGAGGACGACCUGCAGAACCCAGCCAACACACAGUCAUUACCUUUCACGCCGUUUGCUGCCGUUCUCCCCUUUCAGCAGGGGGCUUCUUCAGCACCAGGGGAAUUUGUUGGGGAUUUUGCUGCUUCAGAGUCUUCAGGUGAUCCAGAAAAACCACCUCCUCUCCCAGAGAAGAAGAACAAGCACAUGUUGGCGUACAUGCAGCUCUUGGAGGACUAUUCAGAGCCUCAGCCCUCCAUGUUCUACCAGAUGCCCCAGAGCGAGCACAUUUACCAACAGAAGAACAAGUACUUAAUGGAAGUCUAUGGAUUCAAUGACUCGUUCAGUAGCGGCGACUCACUGCAUGAGUUGGCCCCUCCCCCUGCCCUUCCUCCCAAACAGAGACAGCUGGCCUCCUAUGCUGCUUCUUCCUUCUCCCCUGUCUCCUACUGUGUCCAGCAAACUAAAGUGCCCUUCACUCCUGAGGACACCAGUGCCACUCAAGGCAUCAGUAUGUCCAUCUCAAACUCCUUUCUCAACCGGCACAGUUCCUUUCCUGUGCACUCGUAUAAGUCUGUGUUUAGGUCCUACUCCCAGGAUUUCGUGCCUCACAACCAAGCCUCUGUUCCACCUUUUCUGUCGUCUACCUCCUCUUCCACUCCACAUUUUCCGCCUGUCCACCACUCUCAGAGCUCUGACCUAGUGGUGGUGCCAACCGCAGCCAACCCGCCUCCAAGCACUGUGGAUGGGCCCACCUCCUCUUCUCAGGAGAACCGCUUUAAUGGGAAUGCGUCUGUCUGCCUUCCUUCUGAACCUCUCACUGAUUCUCUCCAGACGUCUUCGAGUGAAAAUGCCAGUGAGGAAGCUGGUGAGGGUGAAUAUGUCAAUCUGUAUUCCUCUGGUCAAAGCAACGGGGAACUCCCUCACUCUGAAGGAGAAUCACCAGUUGCCAAAGAUGGGCACCCUAAAGAUUCCUCAACACACACCAAUGCCACUGGGAAAGAAAGCCGAGAAGGUGGUGAAAGGCAACAAAAUUCACCAGAUGCUUUGGAAUCAGCACAGUCAGAGGAGGAGGUUGAUGAGCUCUCCUUGAUUGACCACAGUGAAAUUAUGUCAAGAUUGACACUUAAGCAAGAGGGUGACGAUGGGCCAGAUGUGCGUGGCGGAUCUGGGGAUAUCUUGUUGGUCCAUGCAACCCAGACUGACAGAAAAGAUUUGGUUGUGUACUGUGAAGCCUUUUUGACAACGUACAGGACGUUCAUCACCCCCGAGGAGCUCAUCAAAAAGCUGCAGUACAGAUAUGAGAAGUUCUGCCCGUUCCCUGAUACAUUUAAGAAGCGUGUCAGCAAAAAUACUUUCUUUGUGCUGGUGCGAGUGGUGGAUGAAUUGUGUCUAGUGGAAUUGACAGAAGAGAUUUUAAAGCUACUGAUGGAGCUUGUGUUUCGGUUAGUGUGCAAUGGGGAACUCAGCCUUGCCCGAGUGCUGCGGAAAAACAUCCUAGAUAAAGUGGACCAGAAGAAGAUGCUGAAAUGUGCUAACUCGGAUCAGCCCUUAGCUGCGAGAGGUGUGGCAGCCAGACCAGGAACCCUCCACGAUUUUCAUAGCCAUGAAAUAGCAGAACAGCUAACGCUGUUAGACGCCGAACUCUUCUAUAAAAUAGAGAUUCCAGAAGUUUUGCUUUGGGCAAAGGAGCAGAAUGAAGAGAAGAGCCCCAACCUGACACAGUUCACUGAGCACUUUAAUAACAUGUCCUACUGGGUCCGAUCGAUAAUAAUGCUACAGGAAAAGGCACAGGAUAGGGAGAGGCUGCUCCUGAAAUUCAUCAAGAUCAUGAAGCACUUGCGAAAGCUGAAUAACUUUAACUCCUAUCUGGCCAUUCUCUCGGCUUUGGACUCCGCACCCAUCAGAAGGCUAGAGUGGCAGAAGCAGACAUCAGAGGGCCUAGCUGAGUACUGCACUUUGAUUGACAGCUCAUCCUCCUUCCGGGCCUAUCGGGCGGCUCUAUCAGAAGUAGAACCUCCCUGUAUCCCAUACCUGGGGCUGAUCCUGCAGGACCUCACCUUCGUUCACCUUGGAAACCCAGACUACAUUGAUGGGAAAGUAAAUUUCUCUAAACGCUGGCAACAGUUUAACAUCUUGGACAGCAUGAGGCGCUUCCAACAAGUACAUUAUGAAAUCCGGAGAAAUGACGAUAUCGUGAACUUCUUCAACGAUUUCAGUGAUCACCUGGCUGAGGAGGCCCUAUGGGAACUCUCUCUUAAAAUCAAACCCCGAAACAUACCACGGCGAAAAACAGACCGGGAAGAAAAAACCUAGUGGAGGAUCCGUGAGCGAGGUGAUCGCUCAAGGGACAGGCACCUAGCGGGCAGCUAUGAGACUGGCAUACUUGGACACUUGGACCUGUUACUGGAUGAUGACUCCCCCCAACAGCAAUUGCUUCCCGAAUCUCUGAAUGCCUGAUCCUUGGAGUAAAAAUGCCAAGGAUGGCUGGGGGUCUUAGGCAUUCAACCUAGGUGAGCAAAAGCCCCAGUGUUCAAAGGUCACCACCAUACACCAAGACAGACCGUCUCUGGACUCUUUCUCACCACCUUCUUCUGUGGAUGUGGCUCCAGGCCCCAAGAAUCAGCUUUGAGUUGGAAAACCCACCAGGAGCGGGAUGGACCUACACAGAGUUUUGUUACUUGUUUGCAGCCUGAUGUUUUCCUUUUUGGUUUUUCUACUGCUCUCGAUUCAGUCCCCCAAGCCAAGUGGGCAGUGGCAGGCCCAAGCCCCUGAUAUCUGAAACUGGGGCCCAUGGAGUCCCAGAUAGCAGACUGUGGAACUGUGAGAACUAAGUCUUUUCCCUUAAAUUGUUCCUCUAAGCAAUGAGAGAAACUCCAUAUUUAAAGAACUAUGGGGUGGCAGAAGGUUAUUGUAGCCAACUGCAUCUUUUUUGUGAUAUUGGGUUGAGAGGGUUUCCUCAAAAUGUCCAUCAAGUUUCACUGGCUCA